CAUUCAUAACAAAUUAUUACUCACAUUACAAUUUGGACGUCGUAAGCACGAGUAGCGUACGGGCAGAAAAAAUGCUUUUAAAUUGUGGAAACGUGUUAAAUAAAAUAAAAUAACUUUAAAUUAAGCGUACAAGUGCUAUUCAAGAAUUUAAAGAAAAAAAUAAUAAAAUAUAAAGCUAUACAAUUAAGUUCCUAUUGAUGCCUUAGACGCAGCUGACCCUGAGCCAAAGCCAAAGCAGUCUUUGUGCGUUUCCUUUGUGCAAACACGGAAAUUGAGACGUAAUUGCAUCAAAUAAGGAAAACACGGUUCAAUUCCAUAUUUGCAGAAAACCAGUUGCACGACAACAUCAACAUCGGACAACAAAAGAGCAACAAAGAAACCAAUCGCAGCAGACACGAACAUAAACUUCAAAUCUAUUCAACUAGAAAACUGAUAACGAUUCUGGAAAAUUCAAUCCGAACAAUUGUCAGCUAUUAUAUCUGAAAAGCUGGAAAUAAAUUUGCAUUUGCAAGACAGCAGUUGGAGAAAGUGUGCAAUCGUUAACAAUCCAAUCAAAGCAGCUGAAGCCGUGACACAGACCAAUUAGAAACACACAUUUCCAAUUGGACAUCGAGAAAACCAGCAAAAUGGACGCCAAAGAGAAUAACAAGGAGCAGCCGCAGCUGUCGGAAAGUGAGCUACGCACGGAUAGCGAAAGCUCGACUGACAGCAUGAUGCGCUUUGUGCUGCCCAGCGUGGAUGGGAGUCCUCCAAAAGUGGUCACCAUGGACGAGGUGGCGGGCAUGCUGAAGAAUCUCAAGAAUAUGGAACUGGCACAUGAAAUAGCACUCAAUCCGGAGUUUAAGCUGCAGCCAUAUGAGCCGCCAAUGAACAGCUUGGAGGGUCGUAUCAAGGCGAUGGUACACAAAGCAUUUUGGAAUCUAUUGCGCGAGCAAUUGGAGCGUAAUCCACCAUCAUAUGAUCAGGCCAUUCGGUUGCUGGGCGAGAUUAAGGAGGACUUUCCACAGCUGCUCUCGCCGAACAAUGCGAACGCCUUGGUGCGCAUCAAUGCAACACUAGAUGAGGCGCUCAUCCGGCAGCAAGCGGAGCGAGGAACGCUCGACUUUCGAUCCUAUGCCAAUUUUGUGAUCAAUCUGUUGGCCAGCAUGUGCGCACCGGCACGAGAUGAGACGGUUGCCAAGCUACGAGAAAUCGACGAUGUAAUCGAUACCUUCCGUGGCAUACUGGAAACCAUGGCGCUGAUGAAGCUGGAUAUGGCCAACUUUAUGGUUUCGGCGGCGCGCAAUAAUAUAGCAGCGAAUUCUGUGGAGUAUGAGAAGCAAAAGUUUAGCACAUUCUUACGCGAAUUUCAUGGCAAUGUUGGCUUUCCUGCCACAGAGGAUUGGCUGCAACGUGCUCGCCCCGGCUGCAACAACAACGAGGAAAUCAUUUACAAUGCAUUCAAGCAGCUGCUCAACUAUCCGACGGACAAGGAGUUUCCCGAGCUGCUGCGCAUCGAUAAGGAGCGCUUCGAGGGUCUCAGCUGGCGUUGCCAGCGGCUCAUUUUGUGCGCUGCGCUCAUAUCGAUUGCACAGGGUGUUCCAAUCAUAUCGCAGCGGCGCGACAAUCGCAUUCAACUGGCCAAGCAGCUGGACAUACUCGUUCAACAUGUCAAGCAGCCGGAUCAGCUAAAUGCUGCCAUCGACAACUGCUACGAGCAGAUUCGCGCGUUUAUAAACAAAUCGCUGGAGAAGGAGAAACUGCCGCUGCUGAGCGAGUCGCAGGAGACGCAAAUCCAGAGCCAAGUCCAGCAGCUGGUCAACAAAACAUCGCCCGUGCGCAUGCUAAUGGCCAAUCGUAUGGACGGCUUUGUGCGCGUUGCCUUGCGCUCGAAUGGGAAUAUACCGCCGCCGCCCGCAGGCUUUGCUGAGUUUGGCGAGGAGCUAGUCGCAUUUAUUGCAUCUUUUCGGCGCUUGGUCUCCUACAAUCACGCUGUGUUUGGAGAAUACUUUUUGCAGCUGCUCAACAACAAGCAGCGAAACAGCGCAGAGCCAACGGCAGAGGCCAGCAGCAGCAGCAGCCUAUCUACCAAUCUGGCCCAAACAGCCAAGCCUUAGAAAGAGAGCGCGAAAAGCAAAUGAAAGAAAGCGAGAGAGAGAGAGAGACAGUGUGUGUAUGGAGGAAGCAACAAUAUAUAUUCAUGUAUCUAUGCUGCUGGGGUCAAGCGUUGGAAGCGCCAAAAGCACAUAAAAAA